AGUUUUUUUUUUCUUCCCUCCUCUUCUGUUUCCCUACAGCCUGCAUCCCAAGAACCAGACUACAAAAAAGAAAAAUGGCCGACGAACAGACCUUCAUUGCUAUCAAGCCUGAUGGUGUCCAGCGUGGACUCAUCUCCCCCAUCAUCUCCCGUUUCGAGUCGAAGGGAUACAAGCUUGUCGGAAUCAAGCUCACCAACGCUUCCGAGUCGCUUCUCCGUGAGCACUACGCUGACCUCACCACCAAGGGCUUCUUCCCUGGUCUCCUGAAGUACAUGCUUUCCGGCCCCGUCUGCGCUAUGGUCUGGGAGGGCAAGGACGCCGUCAAGACCGGACGUGUUCUCCUCGGAGCCACCAACCCCCUUGCUGCCGUCCCCGGUACCAUCCGUGGUGACUACGCCAUCGACGUCGGCCGCAACGUCUGCCACGGUUCCGACUCUGUCGAGAACGCCAAGAAGGAGAUUGGUCUCUGGUUCAAGCCUGAGGAGAUCGUCUCCUACACCCCCACCAUCUUCAAGUGGGUUUACGAGUAAACGUUUCGACGUCUACUCUACCUGUCUCUUUUCUUCUUUUGUUGUAUUUUAAAAAGCGAUCUGUCUACAUCACGUCAGUGAAUGGCGGCAGUAGCGGUUUUGGUCUGUAUAGAUUUGCUCUGAUCUGAAGGCAGAUGUCGGAGAAUGUGUAUAUCUUUUGGGAUCUGCUGGUUCCCGGAUGUUUGCUGGCUGGGUUGUAGCAUGUCGGCAGUCCAAUAAAUUACAAUGAAAAGGAAUCGUAUUAUAACAUAUCUGUAGACUUCAUCAUUACUCACAUUAAAGAUUACGCAGAGUGCAUAUGAGAAAGAGCUAUGUAAAUUAUGUGUUGCAACGACCAACCUAAGAUCCAAAACUAAUAUGAGAAAAGAACAUAUGGACUGCAGCAGCUGCUUCAACGAGAAGCAAACAGGGCAAUUUACGUCAUUAUGAUAAGUAUAAAAAUUGUA